UCUUACUCUCCAUCUCAGCUGCUUUCAUUCAGUCUUCUUGUAUGUACAGUUCUUUUUAAUAUUUUUUGACCUAUGCGUUCUAUAUUACUUUUUAUUCUUAUAUUCUUGAUUUUUGCAAUUAGUGAAGCUCAAGAGAAUAUUGAUAAAAACCUCGAUUUCAUAAAACCGAUUGGUUUCGGGAGCAGGGAGAAAAGAUACGUGAUUCGAGCAAAACGAUGGAAAAAGCACACAUUAACGUGGCAGUUACAGACUCAGAAUUUAUUAGAUCCAGAUGUUUUUAUUGUAAGAAAUACAAUGCACCGAGCAUUCAACGAAUGGUCAACCGUAUCAUCCGUUGAUUUUCGAGAAAUACCACCCGAUUUGGUAACAAAGCAACCACCUGAUAUCUACAUUGCAUUCGAAAAAGGAGAACAUUCCGAUGGAUUCCCAUUUGAUGGGCAAGACGGAGUAGUAGCUCAUGCAUUCUAUCCACGUGAUGGACGACUACACUUUGACGCCGAAGAACAAUGGAGCCUUAAUUCAGUUGAAGGCGUCAAUUUAUUCCAGACAGCAGUACAUGAAAUUGGUCAUCUGUUAGGUUUGGAGCAUUCAAUGGAUGUUCGAGCAGCAAUGUUUGCUGCUAAAAGACCUUAUGAUCCUGCAUUCACUUUAGGUGAUGACGAUGUACGAGCCAUUAGAUCUUUAUUCCCUAUAAAUGAAACAGAUGCAAAUUCUGGAAGCGAAGAGAAUUCAGAGGAUCCGGUGACAACUGUUAAGCCAAUCAGCAAAGAAGAAGGAAUUGACGAAGAAAAUAACGAUCCAUUUGAUGCAUCUUCAACAACCACAUCUUCAUCAUCUCCUGACUCUUUUUUCCCAUUUCCACUUCCUUCAAUUGAGCAUUUUCAAAGACGAAACGACUGGUUUGUUCUAUAGAUCUCUACAAAUAUGUUAUGUUUUCUCGGGUACUUGUUUUCCAAAAUUUGUUAGAAAAAGUCUUUCAAUGAAGUACAUUUAUUAUUAAUAAAGUUAUACAAAUAGAUU